UGAAGGAUUCGAACCCUUGACCUUUCAUCGUCUUGUCCAAACUGUCUCAUCAUCACCUAAACGGAAAUGUCUACCACUGAGCAGAGGCAAACGGCUGGCGCACGUGUGUUGGAACAUGGAUGUUGGAAAUUUAGUAACAACAAAUAGGCCUGCCUCAUCAAUGUCCCAUUUACUGGUUUCCACUUGUAGCUUAGGUCAUACAUGCAAAGUUGGGGGUUCUGAGCUGUACAAUUUCAGUCAAUUUAGUGAGAGGAUUAACCCCAUUUUUUGAGCAGAUAUUUCAGGGCUUUUAAAAUCUCUUUACACUUCACACUGAAUUGAAUUUAUACGUUUCUUUCUUCAAUGAUUGGAUUUUUGUAGUUUUCUGAAUUUUUUUCUCUCUCUAGAGUCUAGAGGACUAGCAGUUCGUGGAUUUCCGGUUUCUCUCUCAAGGAUUUGCUGAGGUUUUAAUGGAGUACUAUCCUUCCUCAUUUUUCUGUUUAGUUGUUUCCUAGUAAUCAGCUGAUAAGUUCAGGUCUCUUUUUCUUUUGUUGAGCAGAAUAAGCUGAAAAAUCAAGGUUUCAUCAGUAUUCUCUCUCUCUCUCUCUCAUCUCCAUUGGUUUCAAGAAACAUCCCCUUGUUUUUCACAAAAUUUGUACAUUUUGUCGGUUUCUUGAGUCCAUUCUGCCUCCAUUUUUAAGAAGAAAGGGAGCUUUCUCUGUAAUUCUUUGGCCUGCACAACCUGAGUUUUGCUUGCUCAGGUUGCUAUUCAUAAUAGUUCACAGGGGCAGUUGAUUCAUAAGUGAGCUUAGAAGGCCUUUCUAUAAUCAGGGUGGAAAAUGUCAUCCUGUUCUGGUGAAGACUCAGAAAUAAGUGAAUCGGAAAUAGACUCCUGUGAGGUCGACAUUUAUGAAGAACUGACAUCAGGAAAACACUUUCUGAGAAACUCUAAUGGCACCUUUAGAUGCCCUUUCUGUAUAGGGAAAAAGAAGCAAGCUUAUGCCUACAAGGACCUACUUCAACAUGCCUCUGGUGUGGGUUCCUCAUCUAGUAGAAAGACACAAGAAAAGGGGAAGCACCGAGCCUUGGCCAAGUUUUUGAAGGCAGAAGUGGCUGAUGAUCCUGAGCCUUCGAAUGGGUCAAAAGAAAUACAAAAGCCUUUAAGUAAAUCAGCAUCUGAUGACAUUUUUGUUUACCCUUGGAUGGGUAUAAUUGUUAACAUAGAGACUGGGUAUGACCAGAAGUCAAGCAAAUAUGUUGGUCUUGGUGCCAAUCAAUUGAAGGCACAGUUUGAGAGGUUCCAACCAGUAAAAGUUCAUCCUAUAUGGAAUUAUCAGGGUCACUUAGGGAUAGCCAUUGUGGAUUUCCAUAAGGACUGGACCGGACACCACAAUGCCAUGUCUUUCGAGAAAUAUUUUGCUGAAAUACAAUGUGGAAAGAAACAAUGGCUUGAACAAAAAAAGAAUGGAAAAAAUUGCAAAAAGAUUUUUUAUGGUUGGGUGGCCCGUGUUGAUGACUAUGAAGCUGAUGAUUAUAUCGGUAAACACCUCCGUGAUAAUGGGGACUUGAAAACUGUUGCUGAACUUGCUAAUGAACAUAAGCAGAGAGAAAACACAUUGGUUGAAGAUCUCAAGAAUGAGAUACUUUUAAAGAGCAGAUCAUUAGAGUCACAUGAGGAAAAACUGAAGGAAAUGGAGUACAUAAAGCAAGAGAUGGACAGAAAACUAGCUCUGCAAGAUGAAGCUCAUAGGGAUGAGCUGCGAAAGGAAAGACAGAACCAAGCUAAUAUUUGGUCACGACUAAUGGCGGAAAGAAACAGACAUGAAGCCACUUUGGCUUUGGAGAGAGAUGAAUUAGAAAGAAGGCAUAAAGAGUUGGAAAAAUGGGAAGCCCGGAAUGAUGCUGAGAAGAAGAAGCUUGAAGAAGAGAAGAGAAAAAAUGCUCUAAAAAAUAGUUCUCUUCAAAAAGCUAGUCUGGAACAAAAGAUAGUUGAUGAAAAGGUGAAGGAACUAAUGGAGCAUCACAAGAUCGAACAAGAGAGGUUGGCGAAUGUAGUUAGGAAACAACAAAAGGAAUUGAAUGAAAAACAGAGAGUGGAAGUUGAGAUUCAAAAGUUGAAAGGAGAGUUAGUGAUGAUGAAACAUCUGCAAGGAGAUGAUAACACCGAUAUUGAUGAGAAAAUAAAGGCAGUUGUUGAGGAACUUCAGGAGAAAGAAAAUGAAAUGCAAUGCUUGGAAGACCUAAACAGUGCUCUUUUAAGCAAGGAGCGAGAAACAAAUGAUGAGCUGCAAGCUGCUCGUAAAGAAGCAAUCGAGUUUUUUAAAGACCAGCCCAAUACUCGUGCGCAUAUUGGCGCAAAAAGAAUGGGGGCUCUUGAUGACCAGCCAUUUAAAGAUGCAGUUAAAGCAAAGCUUCAAGGUGGAGAUUGGGAAAUUAAGGCAUCAGAGUUAUGUUCCUUGUGGGAGGACCAUACCAGAGAUCCCGCUUGGCAUCCUUACAUGACUAUUUUCAUUGAAGGCAAGAAUCAGGAAGUCAUUGAUGAAAAUGAUGAAAAGUUGAAAGAAUUCAGAGAUGAAUAUGGGGAUGAAGCUUUCAAGGCUGUGGAAAGAGCGAUGCUAGAACUUAAUGAGUAUAACCCUAGUGGUAGAUAUCCAGUGUGGGACCUCUGGAAUUUCAAGGAAGGGAGGAGAGCCACCUUGCAAGAGGUGGUCCACCAUCUUAUUAAGCAGCUGAAGACUCUGAAGCGGAAGAGAUAAGGUUUGGCUUUAUCUCAUUCAACUGUUAACAUGUAUGAACCUAUGAUUGUAAGAGUAUGGUUCUGAAAACUAAGGACUAAAUGGUUCUUUUCAAAACUGAAAUCUUCAAUCUUCUUGUAUCUUUAUAAUGGCUACAUAGAUCACUCUGACCCUCUUGUACCAAUGGAAAUUACUUGUUAAUUGGCUUCCUGGUUACUUUUAUUCGAGGUUUUAAAGGUUUUAUGUCUUAUAUUCUAACAAUCUUGACCGACUGUACCGGUUCUAGUUUUUAAGUAUGGAAUUUAGUGGAGUU